AAUAAAAUUCCAAAGGAAAACUUUUCUCGAAGGAAAAUAAGAGAUGAAAAGAUUCAAAUUCGAAGAAAACGAAGAAAACUUGUUCUAUUCUGGAUAAGAAAGAAAGAAUUCGAGGAAGAAUAAAUUUGUUAUCGAUCGAGACGAAAUCGGCCGAUUUCCUCGUCCCCGCUCGAUCGAUAAAUCAGGUUCCCUAAUUUAUCAACGGAAGGAAAUACAGUAUCGCGGAUGAUCGGCGGCCUCGACCGUCGUUCGAAAACCGGUGAAAAGGAGGGAGGGAGGGCAGGACGAAUAUCUCAGUUCCCGGCAACGAGGCAGAGGAGCGUUCGAUUCCGAGAUAUCGGCGAAUCGAAACCCUUUUCAGGGGUUACCCUUCGAAGAUGACGGACGAAUUGCUGUUCUCCGCGUUGGGCCUGUCCAUGGACACGGGCGUCGAGAGGCAAUUGCUCUCCUCCAAUCCGGCCACGUACGCGCUCGAAUACGAGGGAUCGUCCUCUUGCAGAACGACGCCGCACAGCGACGACUCGGAGAUCGGCGAUCCCCACGCGGCAAGCAUCGGGAACCCGAUCGGUUGUUACACGGAUCUCAGUUGGCCGGCCAAGGGGCAAUCGUCUUGGAACGAGUGGUGCGAUAACAAUUCGGCAUCCUUGUCAGGGAACGGAUGUUUGAGCGAACUGAGCGAGCUGAGCGAGUUGGACUCGGAGCUGGAAUGGUGUUUGGACAAAGGUUGGAACUCGGGGCUUCCGGAGAGGACGCCGUUGUGCACAGCGGGUUGCGAGGGUUUCCUACACUUGCCGUUGCCCGGCCCCCAACAACAAACGUUUCAACAGGGAGAGGAGCCGUUAUGGGUGCUCGGGAUCGACUUGAGGGCGCUCGACGACACGUUGGAGACAAGAGAUUACAACAACAAUCGAGUGGAAGGGGAUAUCUCGUCUGCGGCUGCAGCGGCAUUGGCGACGCACGAUUACACUAAUCGCAGUUUGGCGAGCGCGGCGGAAGAUCGAUGCUUUCCUUGUACUUAUCAAGGAUGCGUGAAGGUUUACGCAAAAGCGUCCCACCUCAAGGCUCAUUUACGUCGACACACUGGCGAGAAACCGUUCGCGUGCACGUGGUCCGGCUGCGGAUGGCGCUUUAGUCGAUCCGACGAAUUGGCAAGGCAUCGUCGAUCCCACUCGGGCGUGAAACCUUAUCCCUGCGAAAUGUGCUCGAAAAGGUUCGCGCGCAGCGAUCAUCUGGCCAAACAUCGCAAAGUGCAUAGGAAAAACGCGUAUUCGCUAUUUCACGGAGGUAGAGGUCUGCGUGGAGGGAAGAUGAAUUCGAUUCUACCUGCGGAGAUUUAGUCAAUUUUUUUCUUUCGUAAUCGAUAAGGAUGAUUUCGAAACGAUAAGGGGAGGGAGAAAACUUUCCUUCCAAAUUUCCCGAAUCGGCAAUCUCGUUAUUUUCUUACGAUGAGAAGAUUUAAUCGCGAAGAGAAAUUGUACUUCGUUCUUGACGCGUGAACGAUCGAUGGAAAAUAAUUUCCAUAUAGAAAUUUUACACGUAAAUAUAUUUUUUUAAUGAUUGAUUUGAAGACGAGACAUUUACCUAAUUAAUAUAAUGAUAAUAUUAAUAUCGACAAAAGAGAUCGAACAAGAUUACUCGUGUAAUCUUUCGUCUAGAAUGUUGAACUGAAUUAAGUGACUUUAUAAAAUGACAAUAAAUAUUGUUAAAAA